GAUUAGGGAAGGAAAGCCAGCCGCCAAACGGGGGCGGGUAAAUUUCCCCUUGGCACGACCGCCAAAACAGUAACACCGGCUUUAAUUCAACCUCACUUCUAGAGACAAAAUUUGCAUCAAUGCCAUUAGCAAGCCAUAAAUCCACUCAAUCCCCAAAAAUGGAGCAACGAGAUAAGGAAUCACAUAAUGGAGGAAGUGGCAAGGCCCCAGAAACCAAACAAUUCCAGCAUUCGUGGCCUGAGAUCUCUAAACAACAUGAUAACAUGCUGUCGUCGCAUCUGGAAAUGCUGCACCAGGUGAAGAGUCAACUCCACUCACACGGAGAGGAACUGCAAUUGGUGUCCAGCAUGGUUGAUAAGACUAAGAGAUUGAUUGCUCAGUUUGAUAUUCUUAAGAAGCGAGUGGUGCCAAAGCUCAAUACAGCAGCUCCAGAGUCGGACACUCGUUCGUCGGAAUCCAUGUCGACGUCAAGCAGUCGAAAGGACCUGAAAAAAGAACAACUUAAACGUCAUGCACACCACAUGCAUGACUCGGAAGAAGACGGAGGGACAACAGCAGCGGAAGACCACGAUCCCCUAACUGCAAGGUCUUUAGCUGUGCACUCUAGCAAACGAAAGCGUAUCGACGAGUUUAUUCCAGGAGCCGAUGAAGACAUAAGGCGCUUCUCCCCCGUGUCAGUGGAGACCGAGGAUAUCUCAGAAGAGGUACAGCGAAGAUUAAGGAUCAAGGAGGAACAACGCAAAAGGCGGGGCACCUCGAAAGCGGACAAACGCAAGAGGGACAGUCUGACAUCUAACGGAAGUACAUCUUCGGUCAGAACCGCGACGAAACAUCCUAGGAAGAAGGCUAGAGUUGGGACAAAGUGGAAUCGUUAGCCGGUGAUAAGUCCGGAUCUAUAACCCCAGGUUACCCCAGACUUACCCCAGACUUACCCGUACACUUUUCAUCUGAUGUUCUGAGACACAGCGGGGUGAGUCUAGCCCCUAUGAAUGGGCAAAGGCCAGGCAGGUCGAAAUUGGCAAGCAGGGGUCAACACAUUUUUCAAACCUUCUUUUGACACAUCCAGCCAUUUGACCAUACUAUUGGCUAGCCCUAUGUACUUCAUGUAACCUUAUUGUUAGCGGAGGGGAUAAUAAUAGCAC